UCCCGGAAGCUCGGGCUCUCCUCCUCCUUCUUCUCCUCCUCCCGGGCCCGGGAGCAGCUGUCCUUUGCUGGGCCGCUGCUUUGCUUCUAACAUCGUUGCCGCCGGCGCGGCGGCCACCACGCCACCGCCAUGGGAGGCAAGAAUAAGCAGCGAACGAAGGGCAACGUGCGGCCCUCUAGCAGUGGGAGAGCAGCAGAACUUCUUGCCAAAGAACAAGGAACUGUUCCUGGAUUCAUCGGCUUUGGCUCAUCUCCAAAUGACCUCGGAUAUGUUCCUGCAAUUCAAGGAGCUGAAGAAAUAGACAGUCUUGUAGAUGCUGAUUUUCGAAUGGUGCUGCGGAAACUUUCCAAAAGGGAUGUCACAACCAAAUUAAAGGCUAUGCAGGAAUUUGGGACAAUGUGUAAGGAGAGAGAGACGGAGAUUGUUAAAGGAGUUCUGCCUUACUGGCCUAGAAUUUAUUGUAAAAUUUCUAUUGAUCAUGAUCGUCGGGUCCGAGAAGCAACACAGCAAGCUUUUGAGCAACUUAUUCUGAAGGUUAAGAAACAUUUGGCUCCUCAUCUAAAAAAUCUUAUGGGAUACUGGCUGAUCGCUCAAUGUGAUAUUUACUCUCCUGCAGCAUCGGCAGCGAAAGAAGCGUUUGAAAAAGCUUUUCCGCCAAGCAAACAACCUGAAGCCUUAGUGUUUUGCAAAGAUGAAAUCCUAAAUGUGCUACAAGAUCAUCUUUUGAAAGAAACGGCAGAUACACUAAGCGACCCACAAACUGUGCCAGAAGAAGAAAGGGAAGCCAAAUUUUUUCGAAUUCUAACUUGUUCUUUGCUAGCUUUAAAAAAAUUACUUUGUAUGUUGCCCAGUAAUGAAAAUAGUUGCUUGGAGGAGAAGCUUAAGCUUUUACUGUCUCAAAGCAAGUUCUGGAAAUACAGCAAACAUAAAACACCCCAGGUUCGUUCAGCUUUUUUUGAGCUGAUUUCUGCUUUUUGCCAGCACAUUCCUGAGUCUAUGAAAACUGAAGCAUCAAGAGUUUGUCCAGCAGUUCUUCUCAGUAUUGAUGACAGUGAUGCUGUUGUAUGUCCUGCUCUCUGGGAGGCUUCACUUCAUGUACUUGCUACCGUUGAGGAUUGCUGGAGUCAUGUGAAUAUGAAAAAGGGGGUCCUGCCAAAGUUGUGGACAGUACUUCGAGAAGGAGGACGAGGUCUUGCUACUGUUAUCUAUCCCAAUAUCUUGCCGUUCAUUAGCAAGCUACCUCAUGGCAUUGCAGAACCAAAUCUUGACUACUCUAGAAUGCUUUUCACUUCCAUAAUUCAAGGUUUAUUGACCGAAAGAGCUAUGGCUAGCCAUUCAGAAUGUUCAGCAAUCAUAUCGGCAUUUAUGGAAUGUUUACGAUUUACAAUACUACAGAACACAGGUGAAGAAAAAGAACAAAUUAAGAUACAAGAAAUGCUUAUAAAUGAUCAGUUAAUUCCCCUCAUUGACACAGUGAUUAAAGAGCCCAAGUUACAAAAUGGAUCAUUAUUUUAUGAGGUAGCAAAGACUUUAAACUUCUGGAAAACAAGAGCAGAAACUUCAAGUGGUGAUGGAACAGCUCUCACUUGUCAGAGAAUGUUGUUGAACUUUUGGGAUGGCCUUUCAGAUACAUGUGUGGUACAUGUUGAUGUAAUGGAUGCAAAUGAGAAAUCUUUGGCUGCUGUGUCUUGUUUGCUGCAAGUUCUUCAAAAUCCAGAAAAUCAGACAAAUCUAACCAAAAGGAAAGCUGCGAAGAUCAGAUUUGCAGAAGAGGGUGAAGCUGAAAGCAACACUGAACAUGAGAAGUGGGUUGAUGUGCAAAAUAGCAGUGAGCCUGCCACUUUACUUCAUGGACAACAUCUUUCUCCUCUAAAGAAUGAGCCUUUAGAAGAUUUGGUUUGUAAACUUGCAGAACUGAGUAUUGUAUAUACUAAUGAACAGAGAUCUGACCGACACUUAAAGUUCUUGUCAGCUCUUCUUAGCAACUUUGCUUCUAGUAGAGUUUUCCAGGUUCUGUUGGAGAAUAGGAGCAAUAUUCAGGAGGCUGUGAAGUAUGAAAAUCCAGCUAUCCAAUUUUUGUAUGAAAACUUAAUAGAUUGGCUGAAAGAAGACCAGAGGAAAGAAACUGACUUCUUGGUUGAUAUGUUGUAUAGUGUCCUUCACUGCUGCAGCAUCAGCACAGAGAGAGAAAACAUUCUCAGUGACUUAACAAAGAUGGACCUGAGAUGGAAUAUUCUCCUUCAGAUAAUUCAGAAGGCAUGUUCAAGUGCAGAGAAACAUUCUUUAGUUUCUGCCUGGCUAAAAGGAGAUGUAUUGGGGGAGAAGCUUGUGACUUUGGCUGAUGAUCUGUGCAACACAAGCUUGAAAACAACAGUAGCUGCAGCAGAAUCCUUUCAUUCAGAAAGAUGGACCUUACUAAGUUUGGUGUUAUCUCAACUGAUUAAAAAUGAGUCCUUGAUUGGUGAAACUUAUGUUAAGAGGAUUAUUGAUAAACUUCAAGCAGCUCUGUCUAGAGCUAAGGAUCUCUCAGAAGCUGGAAAUACGGAACCAUCUGUGUCUUUCAUCUGUGACAUAGCCUCCAACUUUUUCAGCUCAGUUAAAGGAUGCUUGUUGAUGCCAUCAUCAGAAGAUUUAUUGUUCACCAUUUUCCAGUUGUGUGCACAGAGCCAGGAUGCAACACGUUUGUCAGAUUUCCUUGUAAAUAAGUUGAAGCAUACUUGGUUAUGUGGUUUAACUUCACUUGUGCAUCAGUUCGGUGAUAUGCAUAAAGAGAGUACUUUCCUUCAGAGAUCUGCAUUUUGGGUCAAGAACCAGCUUCAAUCAUCUACACUGGAAGUUACAAGUUUGCAGGUUUUAAUCUCUGCAGUCAGUGACUUGUUGACUAAACUACUGGAAGCUGAUUACGUUUCUGCUUGUAUUCUGAAUGAUUAUAUAGAACAUCUUACUCCAAGUGAGCCUGAAUGGGAAAAGAUGAGGGAAUCUCUGUCUAGUGAGUGGUUAAAAAAACCACUCUUGGAAGGAAGACUGAGUAUGAAUAGUGAGAUUUCUGGAACAGACCCAAAGCUUUGUGUCAUGGGUAAACUUCCGAGCCACCUCUGCACUGCAACACUAUUAAGUAGAAUGGUGCUACAAAUACUGGAAAAAGGGGUAGUGUUUGAGAACCAUGAAGUGGAAAGAAACAAAACUGAAAAUAUCAUUGCAGAGCAGCUUUAUGCCUUACAAUGGAUUGAAGAACUCACAAACCCACCUUCCCUGCUUCUUGAAUUUCUUCAGAAGCUACAAGAAAUGAAUAUUUCGUGUGACAAAUUAAGUGCACUCAGUAAUAUUCCCUGCCUCUUACAAAUUUUAUUCGAUAGAUCAAAAGAGUGUGGGAGACUAUGGGCCUUAACCAUGGCCAAAUUUAUAGAAACAAAGAAUAUUGCAACUUGUGAUGUAAAGGCACUUUUCAAUACAGCAGAAAGGUUUUUUCCAUUAACGGAAGGCAAUUUGCACACACUUCAGAAUCUGUCUCCAUUUUUACUUGAAGAAGAUAAGGAAGAGCUUAUCAUUCAGUGUACCGCUAAACUUAUGACAUGCAGUGAAACUGAACUCUCCAAUACUGAUGGAGCUUUUGGAUACCUUGCUAUUUUAAAUCCCUGCUUGAAUGGUGGAAGCAUCGAUUAUGGAGAACUAAUGUCUGGAAUAUUAAAAAUAAUUAUAUCCUGGCGAAAUGACUAUGAAGACAGCUUUCUUUUCAGCUGCAAUCUAAAAGAAGCAAGUCCUCAAUUGCUUGGCUUCAAUAUAGAGAUGAUCCGUUUUGUUUCUCUGCUGCUGAAAAAUCCUUUAUCUCUGGUGGACAAUGAGUGGGAUUUUGUCAUGUGUUCCAUGCUGGCUUGGUUAGAGACGACAAGUGAAAGCCAAGCAGUCUUUCCUGUUGAACUCAUACAAGUAUUUGCCUGUGUCAGCUGUGACUUGACUGCUGCCUUGAGUGCUUAUUUCCAGACAGCAACUCCUGAAAUCACUGAAAAGCUUCCAGCAAAUCUCAUGACUGAAUGGAAGGAUUUUUUUUCUGAAGGCAUUCAUGGUUUACUCUUACCUCUGUUGGUAAAGAUCACAAGAAAAGAAAAAGAUGCACCAGAAACAUCAUUUCAGAAUUCUGUGUUGAAAUCCUUGGGCGAAGCUUUAACAUACAUUUCAAAGGACCAAUUACUGAAUCACAAACUUCCUGCCAAAUUUGUUGCUGGCCAGAAGACAAAUCUUCCUGAUAAACUACAGACCUUGUUAAAUACAUUGUCUCCAUUGCUGCUCUUCAGAGCUAGACCUGUUCAAGUGGCAGUAUACCACAUGUUAAAAAAGUUAAUGUCUGAAUUGCCUAAAUUUGACACAGAGGAUCUCAAAUCCUAUGGUGAUGAAGAGGAGGAAUUGUCACUGUCUCCACCAGCAGCUCUUAUGACUGUUCUUGAUGCUCAAGAAGACUUACUAGAAAAUAUCCUAGAAUGCAUUCCAGUUGGAGAGUUUGCAGUUGUUCAGCCACCGAGUGAGGAGUUUUCCCUUGUUUUAGGAUAUCUUCUCAUGUGGAAAUUAAUACUCACUUUCUUCAAAGCAGCAUCUUCUCAACUGCGAGCUCUUUAUUCACAGUAUCUUCGAAGAACUAAGAAUUUGAAUAAGCUAUUGUAUCACCUGUUCAGACUAAUGCCAGAAAACCCAGCUUUUCCAGGAUCAACAAUUGAACUUUCAAAUAAGGAUGUAAAAACGUAUUUUACUGAAGAGCUAGAUUUAGACAUCAAAGACACAUCAGCAGUGCCUUCGCAGAUCCCACAUUUGGCUUGCUCAGUUUACUGCAUGACAUUAAAAGAUCUGCCAGCCAUGGUUCGCCUUUGGUGGAAUAGCUGUGAGAAAAGAGUCUUCAACAUUGUAGAUAAAUUUACAAGCAAAUACGUCAGUAAUCUACUUUCUUCACAAGAAAUAUCUUCUGUGCAGACCAGUACUCAGUUGUUUAAUGGCAUGAUGGUAAAAGCCCGAUCUGCUACUCGAGAAGUUAUUGCUACAUACUCAGUUGAUGAUAUAUUCAUUGAAUUGAUAAUACAGCUUCCCCAAAACUACCCUCUGGGUUCCAUAACUGUUGAGAGUGGAAAGAGAGUUGGUGUAGCAGUUCAACAAUGGCGCAAUUGGAUGCUACAGUUGAACACAUACCUCACUCAUCAGAAUGGAAGCAUUAUGGAAGGCUUAGCAUUAUGGAAAAACAAUGUGGAUAAACGUUUUGAGGGUGUUGAAGACUGCAUGAUCUGUUUCUCAGUCAUCCAUGGCUCUAACUACUCUCUCCCCAAAAAAGCUUGCAGAACAUGCAAGAAGAAGUUCCAUUCAGCCUGUCUGUACAAAUGGUUUACAUCUAGUAACAAGUCAACUUGCCCACUUUGUCGAGAGACCUUCUUCUGAACUGCAUCACCUUCUCUACUUCAAUGAGUUUCUCAAAGAAAAUCAGGACACCAAUCACACCUGAGUUGAGCUGUGAAAGCUACUUUUAGCUUUAUUUACAAAUAAACAUCUUGUUGUAUGAUCA